AGCAGUUAUCCUCAUGAGAUCAGACAUCGUGCAGAAGCGAUAUGAAUAUCUGUCGUAAUGAUUAAAAAUCGUCAGUCCGAGAACCCAAAAUGUGUUGUCUACACAGAUGAAACGUGGGUCGAUAGUUAUGCUAGAACUGGAAAAGGCUGGGUUAUUAAGUCAUUUCAUGAAGCGGCUUUAUACUCCUUCCAAAACCCGAAAAUUUCUAGAGGACCACGUAUCAUUGUGAUGCAUGCAGGUGGAGAGGAUGGAUUCGUACCUGGCGCUAUGAAGGUAUAUCCAGUAUCAAAGAAGAAAGUCCUGAUGGAUUACCACGCAAACGUUAACGGUGUCGCUUACAUGGCUUGGUGGAAGGAUCUUAAUCAAAAGAUAAAAGAUAAUUAUGGUCCAUGCAUAAUUGUUAUUGAUAACGCUCCGUAUCACAGCACCAAGGAAGCUCCAAAAUCUACAUCCCGAAAACAAGAGCUAUACGACUGGCUGAAUGAUAAUUUAGAGGGCCCUGAAAAGCUGAAACUAAAACCUGUAAAGCAAAUGAGACGACCUGAAUUAUGGAAAAUGGUUCAAGACCUUAAAAACGGAAAUGAAUAUUACAUUGUGGAUAAGGAGGCAUUGAAAUAUGGAAACACUGUUGUCCGAUUACCCCCAUAUAACUGCGACUUGAACCCAAUUGAGUACGUGUGGAAAGACAUCAAGCACGCAGUUAGGGCUGCAAACACACAGGGGACCGCUGAGUUUGCACAAGCUGAGGCUGAGAGAAUUAUGACAACAUACACAAAGGAACAAUGGCAGAAACACAUCAAACAUGUGCACCGGUUCGUAAAACCAAGAUUCGCUAUUAUGGGAAUAAUUCGCAAUUUCUACAUUAUUAUUGUAAAUAGAUUGGAGGACGAGUAUUGGAAAAAUGAUGGACAUUUUGAUGACUUCCUUGAUGACUUCCAAACACGUGUAGCUUCAGCCAACCCCAUUCGAAUUACAGCAGCAGAUGAUGUGUCUGACGACGAAGAUGAGGACCCUGACGAUGUUGACGAAGUAGUUGAUAGAUUCCGAAUGCAAAUACACAAUGAUAUUGAAUACUCACAGGCUGGGGAAGAAGAAGACUUGCCUGAAGAAGAAUGUGCAACUUCUAGGAGGAGAUUAACCUUCCCACCAGAAUCAACCUAGAUUUUAACUUCAAUGGAUUCAAUACAUAAUAAAUAUUAUAAAUAGUGAAUCCGAUUUGUACAUAGUGUUAAGAAUUAUUAUUCAUUAAAUUUGUACGAAAUUUUCAAAAAUAUGCCUACCCCUCUCUACUUAACAUUCUUGCAAAACUGAAAACUUUAAAAUAAUGUCCCGUUUAGUAAAAUACAAUAAGUUAUUAUUUGACCCUUCAGGGGCCCUUAACUCUUGACCUAUACGUCACAAAAACCAAAAAAUAUUUUUCUGAUUC